UACUGUCGUAGAGCAGGAAUUUAUACGCACGCAAGCUGCGCAGUUAGCAAUAAUUUUAAGGCCCUUUAUUUAACAGUAACGCAGUUAUAUGUAUACUUACUUCGGACCAGUGUCGGACUUGUGAGAAGCCAAGUCACUUACGGCUACUUCUGUAGGCCCAUAAGUCAGUGUUAAUAGUAAUAUGGCCGCUGCCGCUGCAGCUGCAGCUGCGAGCGAGGAAGAAGGCGACGCGGUGCCGGGACUGCCGCCCUGGGCGGGUAGGCGGUUCAUGGAGGCGGUCCUCAGACAAGGCGGAGAACAUUCCGACUUCGCCUUGAAAGACGUUCACUUCAAGAGGAAAGCUACCCAGGACGAAGGCUACGCCAGCGAAAUAUAUUUCUUCUCGCUCAGGAUCGCCAGGAACAAAACAGGCGGGGACGGCGAGGCGGAGGCGGCCGGCGCCGAGCGCGAGGUGGCGCUGCUGCUCAAGUCGCUGCCGUCGGGUGGCAAGCACCAGGAGUUCAUCAGCACGUCGAGCGCCUUCCCGCGCGAGAUGAGCAUGUACAGCGAGACCAUCCCGCGCCUGACGCGCCUCCUGGAGCAGGCGCUGCCCGAGGCGCGCGCGCCCUUCGCGCCCAGGUGCUACCUCUGCCAGGAGCGGCCGCGCCGCCUGCUGGUGCUGGAGGACCUGACGGCGGCCGGCCUGCGCGCGCACCCGCGCCGGGGGCUCGACCUCGCGCACAGCUCGGCGCUGCUGAGGAGGCUGGCGCAGCUGCACGCCGCCUCGGCGCGCCUGCACGAGCUGGACCCGGCUUCCAUGCGGCAGUACUCCCAGUCACACAUCACGGAGUCGGCGGAGGCGCGCGCCCACUGGGGCGGCGUGCUGUCGGGCCUGGUGCGGCGCCUGGCCGCCGAGCUGCGCGGCUGGCCCGCCGCAGGCCCCGAGGUCGCCGACAAGCUGGAGAGGUUCGCCGACAACCUGAUGGACCGCCUCGCGGAGGUGUUCCGGCGGGACGAUGACGGCUUCAACGUGCUGAACCACGGCGACCUGUGGGUGAACAACGCGCUGUUCAGCUACGGCGAGGCGGGCGAGGUGGACGACGUGCGCCUCAUCGACUACCAGAGCGCGCACUUCGCGUCGCCGGCCGUGGACCUGCAGUACUUCUUCGUGGUGGACCCGGACGACGAGGUGCGCCGCGACCACUGCGACGCGCUGCUGCGCGAGUACCACGGCGAGCUGUGCUCGGUGCUGGCGCGCCUCGGCUGCGGCCGGAGACCCCCGAGUCUGGCCGAGCUGAGACACGCUCUCGACGGGAACGCCGACCACGCGCUGUUCCUCGCCGCCACGGAGUUGGCCAUCCUGCUCGACGACGGGUUCGAGUUCAACGGCGCGCUGCCGGACGGCGAAGGGCAGCGGGAGGACCGCCCCAUGCAUUCGGGCGAGAAGUACAAACAGAUAUUCAAUCACUUGCUCCCGACCUUCAGAGCAAAAGGAAUUUUGUAGGAGUAGACACGUACCUCCUUUUUUUUUUUUUUUUGCCCAUUAUUGGUAGUAUAGGGACUACUUCCUUUUUUUUUUUUUGCUUUUAGAUGCGUAUAGCCAGGGCCGUCGAGAGAAAAUAAGGGCCAGAGCGCAAAUAAUUUUAUCAUGUCCUUGCCUCAUUACCUAAUGUAGAAACAUUAAAAAACCCACAAUUUCAAAAGAAAAUCUGUAAACCUUACCACGGCCAUAACUGUAAAUGUAUUGUUUUGCGGACAGCAUAACUUGUGUAAGGAUUCCAAUGUUGUAAUUUUCAUUCCAUCAGGGUAAACCCAAGAAUGAAAAUAAAUAUUUUGAAACUCAACUUGGUCUCCUCUUGGUGCCCCCCCCCCCC